GUCCCUUGCAAACACAUGUCAUGUCGCUUGAUGUUACUGUACGUAGCAGAUACAACAUUUAUCGCCCGUCGUUCUGCCGGUAAACACUGUCGGUGUUACAUCAGUGAUACGUCUUUUUUUAACGUAACGUUAGUCUCACGUUGUGCUCGGUUCCUGUCAAGUGUGACCGCAGAGAUAUCUGAAGGAUUGAGAUGGCUACAGCUCCUCCUCCACCACCACCACCGCCAUCGACUCCACCUUCAUCCUUUGGAAUCCAAUCUAAUAAAAACAUUCCUCUACCGUGCCAUGCGGCAAUACCAUUUUCCUCCAAUAACAGCCCCCCAAUCCAAGAGACAAGUCCACCAGGCUGGGACACUCAGGGUGUAGCUCCUCUGCCGCCAAACCCUGUGCAAAGUGGACCCCAGUCUCCACUGUCACAAGGACAGGAAGAUGAUCUUUCUGACAGUGACGAAAAAUACCAUCCAGUCCAGGAAACUAACCCUGCACCACAGGCACUUAAUAGCCUGCAGGCCAGCACUGUCCAGCCUUCUGCAGAGGACUGGGUGCAGGGGGAAGUCACCUUUCAGAUGAACCAGGGUGAAGAACACCAUGAGGCCUAAAGCACUGCUCUGAAAACACUGGUGCAGUCAAGAGAGGAUGUUGCUUCAUGUUCAGGCCAAAAUUGUUUAAAUGUCUUAUUCCAGCCUUCAAUUAUCAUAAUCAUCAUCAUUGUCAUAGUUUCUAUAAUACAAACACCAACCAUAUCCCAUGUAUAGCUUUUCCAUACUUGCACUAACACCAGCUCUGAUGCCAGACUGAGCUUAAAAAUAUUUAUUUUAGUAGCAAAAAAAAAUCUUUUGUAAAACUGUUGUAAAUAACCCAAAAUUAUAUAUUACAAACUAUAUGGAUUGGGUAAAUCAGUUGUAGUAUUUGUUACAACUUGGUAAGGAAACUUUUUGCACAUAAAGGUGAAGCACUACUUCUCUGCCUGUGAGAUGUUUAUAAUGUAAAAAUAUAACCCAGAUGAUGUAGUGUGUCAUUUGGGGUUUGGAGAAACAGAAAUGUAUUUAAACUGGUGAUGUGGACUUUGAAAGACAUAUAACAGGCAGUUAAUGUGCUAUUUGUUCAAUUAAGGGAGUUGUAGUUUUUGGAGCGUAGCCCAUAAUGAACUAAAAGGAUAUUGUUUCUUCUUGAAGCAACGAUUUUUUGUUGUUGUCCCUUUUUAAAUGCCUCGAGGAAAACAGCAUGAAGAGCUAACAUAUCUUUGGAGAAGAUGGUCUGAAAAUACUUGUUUUUAAAUGUCUUAAAACCACAGUCUGUUGGAUAUAAACAUUUCGGUAACUGCGUCAUAGUAUAAUGAAAACAUGAACAAAACCCUCCAGCUCAAUCAAUUUGAAAUAAAGUACAUUAAAUGUCGAGUCUCCGCUUUAAUUGGAGUAGGUUUGCAUCAAUAUAGAAAGAAGUAACUAGAGUAACUAGAUACACAUUCUUGACUUGAGUUUUCCACAUGCACACCUGCUUUCUAAAAAGUAGCAAACCAACUAACUUUGAUAUCUUGCUUAUAGAUUUUCGCUCUUUUCUCUCAGCCUCAUUAUCUUUGUCACUUGCAUGGUCACCUCUUUACUCUUCAAGUCCACCUCAGUCUAAGUGGCAACUCUCAGCUACGAAUACGUUUUUUAGAGCAUGUACUAAUGUUAAACAAUGACACAAAGCUGCCAAGUGCCCAAUUCAUUUUUAACUCAACUCCUAUGUGUUAAAAGUGCAAUAUCUCCCCCACAGUGCUGUCAGUAACAAUGUAAACUUACUAAAAUUAAAGCGGAGACCUGGCACUUUACUGUUGUGUUGAUUACUUUAUUUCAAACUGAAUGCUGGAGCACAGAUCCUGAAUGACUGAAGGAAACACUUAUAACUGUCCAAACACUUAUUGUCUGGACUGUACAGGUGUCAGUGUCCUCCCUCCACGGACCUGACCCGGGUCACUGUGAAGACAGACCCAAAAACAGCUCAGACACACUACAGGCUUUCAGCUAUAAAGGCUGCUUUAGCUAUACAAACUUUUCUUGAAGAACUUGAAGACUUCAUAUUUAUACUGCAUGUUAUAAUGACAUUUUCUCAAUCACAUAUUAAUCAAAUUAUAUAAUUAUAUUGAGCUUUUAGUUUAUUCAGGCACCAGUUUAUAGAAAGAAGGACAUGGCACAGCAGGGUGGUACAGUCAAGAACAUCCUUUUUAUUCAAUCAGGUGCUGCUCUUCUCAAACUGUGUUUUUCUUCUUAUGGAAAAGAAACUGUAAUUAACACAUGCAUUUCACCUAGAGCUCUGGGGGUGUUCUCACAAAGAAGUGGUGCUGCACUGAGGGCGUAGACAGAGGCAUAGAAGAGCUGGGAGUCAGGGGGGCCUAGGGUGCUGCCUAUUACACCAAUAACCAUACACGCUUAAGAAGAUAAAGAACAAAAUAAACAACAGAACAAAGACACGGAGCAGUCCAGCAUGAGGUGGUCAGAGGAGAAAAAUGGAGGGACUUCCCUGAAUCCUCACAAUCUGAGGGAUCAGGUUCAUGCUGGCCUUUUAUCUAUCUGGUUGUUGUGUUGUAAGUGGCUAAUACUGCUGAGGGUUUCACUGUGUGAAGCCCGCCGUUAACAAUAAUACUUCACUUUAAAAUAGAUUUUAAAGAUUGAAGAUUGAUUUGAAUGGAUGUAGGAUAUGUCCUGGAAAUGCAACCCCCCCUUUUCAGCCUCAUGCAGGACAAGUCCGGUUAUAAGGUGCUUGUAGCUUUCAUUUACAGUCCAAGGCAUCCUCAAAGAGAGCCUAAACGACAGCAUACCCUGAUAGCAAAUAUUAAAAGAAAUCCAAAUGAUAAGGAAACAAAAAAGGGGGAGAAAUAAAACAAAGCCAAAAAUAAAUAGCUAAAACAAAAGAGCAAACUCUUAUCCUAAUCAAAGCAGCCCCUUUCCAACAUCCCAAAGCAGUUCAUUCAGCUCUCGAGAUCCCAAAAUCGUCUCCGUUUAACCUCUUCAACCCGAACCCCUUGAGACCCCUGUCAUCCCUUCCUAACCCACCCAAGGACACCCCCAAAAGCCCGUCAGUGUAAUUUGUUCACUUACAUUAGCUGUUGAAUGGAGAAGCUGAAGAAGAUGGGUAUGGUAAUACAAUGUGAAGCAUACAGACAAGAAUAACAUGUGAGCUAACUGCAUUCUGCUCAGACAAAAGUUUUUCGGCAAUAUUUUUUUUCACCCUCCCAUCAGCGGAGAGGGCGGGAGGGAGAGAGAGAGAGGGAGAGACGGAGAGUGACGGACACACAGUUACAGACUACUCCAGUGUCUAAGAGAAAACAGACAGUGGAGACAAGAGGGGAAGAAAAAAGCAAGAGCUGAACGAGAACAAGUUUUUUUGCCUUUUCAAAAAAAAAUUUUUUGUCAUCAUUUAUCAAUAAAAAGUAAAGAACUAAUUCACACCAGUUUCCUUUUGUACUAUAUAUAUA